UCAUGUACCUGUCAGACAAGCCCAACUACCUCCUGAUCCAGACUCUGCUGGAUUUAUUGCACCAAGACCUGCGCUUGCUCAUAGAUCCACCAGACGGCACCAAAGAACACCCGGCUACCACCUGCUUGGAGCUCUGGCUCUCCCAGCCCAACUUCACUAACGGGAUGUAUUACAUUGAUCCUAACCAGGGCAGCCCAGCUGAUGCCCUUCUGGUGUACUGUGACUUCACUGCAGCACCAAAGACCUGUCUGUCUCCGCUCCAGCCUCAGGUGCCAGUAAAAGCAUGGCUGAAGGAUUCUGGGACAAAUAACUCAUUUCAUUGGUUGAGUUCAAAGGAAAAAGGCUUUCAGUUUGAGUAUUUAGGACCCGACGUGGUGCAGAUGAGAUUCCUGAGGUUGAACAGCAGGCUCACCAGUCAGAACAUCACCUACUCCUGCCAGCCUGGGAACAUACAGGGACUAGGCGAAAGAGAGGUGAAGUUCCUGGCAGACACACAAAGACAGAGUUACCUGGGGACAUUACAAGAUUGCGUGCCCUCUGAGGAGCUGCAUUCCGGAGGCCGUCGUGAGGCGGUGUUCCAGUUUGAGAGUGAGGACUUGGAUCUGCUUCCCCUGAGAGAUUUGGCAGUGUUCGGCAGCAGUGACCUCACACAGGAGUUUGGAUUCACUGUUGGGCCUGUGUGCUUCAGCUAAAGGAAGAGAAACACUCUCUAAGGACUGCCAAGAGCAGAGAUAACAAUGAGACAACCACCAGCCAGUGGGGAAAUGACCCAGAGAAAUGGGAGAGAAACAGAUACAGAGAAAGACAUCAGCAUCUCUCCUCUUCUCAUGACAUUCUUGUUUAUUGCUAAGACAAAGUAGACGUACCAACCAACGGGAAAAAGUGUCUCUUUUCUUUAUCCAAAGGUUGACCAGUUACAAAUAUGAACUGGUUAGUCUAUCCAUUUUCAGAAGCCAGUGAUAUUCUUGAGAGAAAUUAUCUUUGUAUUUUGUUUACACUGAUUUAAUUUGUGAUAUUGAAACAUGCUUAUUUAUGUAAUUGGUUUAAAUGACCGAGGUUUCUUUAAAUGCUAAAGGUUGCUAUAAUAAUUUUUUCACGUUACCCAUACUUAAUUCAGGUAUGUUCUUGAUGAAGAGCACUGUGGUUUACACAUUAACCUUCACUGCUGCAAUUUAACAAUGUGGCCCAAAUUGGAGACAUAGCUACAUCUCUAUUUUAUGAGCUCCGUGCACACUCUACGUCAUUAUAUACACACUAUACCCUUACAUCUGCAGUUAGAAACUAAGAAACAUUCCAAUAUUGAUCCCUUGGUCAAAAACUAGGAAGACUAAUAAUAUUAUGACUAUUAUUGGGAACUAUGACAAUGAAUUCUGUCUGGUGAUAAUAUUGUAUGCAUUAUUGCAUCACCUGAUAGAUGCAGUAACCUAAUCACCAUUUCUACCAUUUGUGAAAUUGUGAUGUUUUGAUUUCUGUUGAUACAGAGGAACAAUGCAGUACUGUAAAAAAAAAGUGUUUUUACGUUUUUCUUCAGUUUCAUCUUUGUUUCAAGAUAUGUAUUUAAUUGUGUGAUUUACUUAAUUUAUAUGCUGGCCAUUUUCUUUGAUGUUUUUCUUUUUAAGUUUGAAUAAAUAGCAAUCAUUCAUAUUCUCAUGUUUUGUAUUGUGCCCCCGAGAUACUAGUACUUUUGUUGUUAGACGGAAAUGUAUGAAUAAAUGAAGGGACUGUACUAAUUAAUUCUUAAUUAAUUGGUAUUGUCAUAUGGAAUAUUACACACAAUUUAUUGAGCACCCAAACAAGUUGAAA